AUGCCUCUCUCAAUCAGGCUUUGGAGCGCCCUUGGCGCUAUUAUCUCAGUCACCCAGGCGACUCAAUACCAUAUCGACUGCUCCGCAUCCUCCGGCGGCUCCGGCACGCUCACGCGCCCUUGGAACAGCCUCGCGCAAGCCAACGAGCCCACCUUCCAGCCCGGUGACAUCAUCGCCUUGAAGGCGGGCAGCACCUGCAACGGCGUCCUCUCGCCCAAGGGCGUCGGCACGGCCCAGGCGCCCAUUCAAAUCACCAAGUACGGAGGCAACGCCGGCGCCGUCAUCAACGGCACCGGGGCCGCCGGCGCCGCCGUCACCCUGACCAACCAGGACCACUGGCGCAUCGCCAACCUCACCGUGACCAACCCGGCGCGCCAGCUCGCCGCCCGCCAGGGCAUCCACGUCACCGCGAGCGACGGCACGACGCACACGGGCAUCACCAUCGACGGCAACGUCGUCCACCACGUCGCCGGCGAGACCAACAAGGCCGGCAGCACCAGCGCCGCCUUCAUCCUCUCCGCCGGCAUCCUCGUCGACGUCGGCACCGCCACGGGCAGCCGCUACGACGACGUGCUCGUCCGCGGCAACGCCGUCUCCGACUGCGGCGGCGGCGGCAUCAAGGUCCGCGUCGGCAACGCCUUCGACAACCGCGGCGCCCGCGCGCGCGUCACCGAGAACCGCAUCCGCGCGUGCGGCGGCGACGGCGUCGUGCUCUCGUACGGCGAGGCGCCGCUCGUCGACUACAACGUCGCCGUGGACCUCGGCAAGGGCGCGUAUCCCUGGACCGGCGGCAACUUUGCCGGCAUGUGGGUGCUCGGCGGCCGCGACCCGACGCUCCGCCACAACGUGGUCGUCGGCAGCAUCAUGUCCGUCAUCGACAGCGAGGCGUUUGACUGCGACUGGGGCAACGCGGGCACCUGCACCGUCGAGUACAACUUCAGCCGCGACAACGCCGGCGGCGCGUUCCUCAACUGUGACGGCUGCGGCCCAUCGGGUGGUGAUGUGCGGCAGGUCGUGCGGUACAACGUCUUCCAGAACGACUGCCGCUUUUACAGCAACGGCGACAAGCCGACGCUGGAGUUUUACCAGAACGUCUUGUACUGCGACAAGGCCAACUUCAACAUGACUUUGCCGAAAAACACCAAUUUCACCAACAAUAUCAUUGUUGGAAAUGGCAAGUCGUCGCUUCCGGCCAGGAGCGGUAUCAGCUGGCACGAGAAUGUUUUUCAGAAUGUCAAGGCACCGACAGGCGGCGGCAUCGCAGGAGAUCCGCGCUUCGUGAAACCGGGCUCGGGAAGUGAUACUUUGGGGUCGGCAGCUGGAUACCGCCUCAAAUCCGGCUCGCCCGCCCUGCUCAGUGGCAAGGUCAUCCCGGAUAAUGGCGGCGUAGACUUUUUUGGAAACUCCGUGUCAAAGUCAUCGAAGCCCAACAUUGGAGCGUACAAUGGUCCGGGUCUCUAA